AUGCUUCCAACCAGCAGUUUAAAUCGUCACUCCAGUGUAUCUGUUCAUCAAUGGCGUCAAGACCACGGCUGGCAAAAGCACGACGCACCACUCGAAGACUUUCAGACAGAUAAUGCGUCAUAUCCACCAUGGAUGAUCUUAGAAGAUACUCAAGUCUUCAUCGUAGCUGUGGACGCUGAACAAAUCAGCAUGAACGGGAAAUUUCAGAAAUGGUUGGUAAAUCACUUUUGCAUGCCCCAUUUUUGGUGGUCCAAAUAUAUCGACAACGCGAACGGGUAUUUCGGUUGCGAGGCAACUCAUAAUGGGGACACAGUGACUGGAUUUAAUACCUGGGCAUACUUCGAAGCUAAGCAUUUAGCCAUGGAUAUGACAUACCAUUGGUCAAAGGUCAAGGUCUUCACACGAUGGCUACCCUCGACUAAUCAAACCGGAAUUCUACUGUUUGAUACAUCCGAAGAUAUGUUGAAAUCGCUCUUCAGUCCCGAACCAGAUCGGAUGAAUGACCCCUUCUGGGUUUAUACUCGUAUUCUGGAAGAUGUUGCCCGUCUAGACGAUGUCACAGUAUGGGACAUCCGAGAUCAUGUCCGAAAGCAGGAGAAAGUGGUCUUGUCGUCAGGUCAAAAGCCACAGCCCGAUUAUCGGCGCUUACACGAUAUCGCUCGCCAUGCAAUUCACGUAACCGAAGCCCUCGAAGUGACAGUUCAGAAUAUCGAGCAUAUUGGGAGACAGCACGAGGUUUUCGUCGGCUCUCGGACGGAUAGCAGGGCAGGAGCAGCUCACCAAGAGGUUUCUCGAAGACUAGCAUUCUUUAAAAGCUACAUUGACAGCGCACGACAACGCUCAAUAUCGAACGAGAAACGACUGCAGAAUGAAAUUCAGCUAGCAUUCAAUGUUGUUGCUCAGCAUGACGCAGGCACUACUGUUGAGAUUAGCCGUGCCGCUCGUUCAGACAGCGCAACUAUGAAGACCCUUGCCUUUGUUACACUCACUUUUUUACCUCCCACUUUUAUCUGCGCGCUCUUCAGCAUGUCAUUCUUCCAUUACGACAGUGGUUCAGGUUGGGCCGUCUCGAGCCAGAUCUGGAUAUACUGGGUGAUUGCCGUGCCGACCACUAUUGCAACCGCUUUGGUGUGGAACUACUGGACAAAGCUCUUUCCGAGUAUUUCAGAAAGCUUCCAUCAUGUGAAGCCAAGUCAAUCCUUACCUAAAUACAAUGAGGGGGAUUAUACUUAA